UCAAAGUAUACUACAAUACAAAUUCUCAUCUAAACUAGAAAUUAAUCAUUUUCUUUAUUUCCUUCUUAAACCAUCCAAACAAUUCAAUGUCAAAGGCUAAUCACGAUGGUUGUUGUGGCGGUAUAUUCUCAUUAGGUUUAAGUGUCGCGGUCUUACUCUGCCUUCUCCUCCAACCCUCAACCGCUUUACCUGUGAGCUCGAUUGAAGAUUUUACCAUUUAUGCCCUUAAGGAUGCAACCAAUUCUUCUCAUAACAACCACACUAUCCAUUAUGACCUUAAGCUCAAAAACUCGGGUUCCAGUGGAAUUUACUACGAUGCCCUUAAGCUCACAUUUUAUUACAAACCUAAUAACCUAACAAAUUUCAUCAUUGGAAAUACCACUUUUAUCCCUUUCUACCAACGUCGUUUAAGGGAUAACCACUUUGUUGGUAACAUAGAGACUAGAGGGGUAAAUUGGGAAAAUGCUACCGCCCUAGUGACACUAAGGGCGGAGCUAGCAACAACAAUGAGGUACAAGUUUAAAAGGAAUAGAUUGUACCAACGGCUAAGUAAUGUGGUUGGAGCUGACUUGAAAGUUGAUAAUGAGGGUAAUUUGGUCAAUAAGGGAAUUCAGCUUACCUCUAGAGCUAAAAUGAAUAUUAUUGGCCGUUUUCAGUUCAUGGGCAUUUUGUUGUGUAUUUUGUUUUUCUUUCAAUCUUGGUAGACAUGAUUAUUAUUGUUUGUCAAUUUUUUUGUUUCUUGUUUGUUGAUUUAUUGAUUUAUUUAUUUAUUUAUUUUUUUUGAAAAAUGAUGUAAAUGGUUAUGUACUAUGUUUCAAGUGAUUAAAUUGAAUAAACAAAAUAAAUGAUUAUUUGAUUUAUUUCAAUGUUGUAAAACGAGAGUGGAUAAAAGUGCAUUACAAGACGCAACACUUUUAUGUACUUUAACGUUAAUUUGUUUGUUUGCAUCCUUUAAUUAAAAAUCCCGUUAGG